AUGACGGUGGUUACUUUGGGGUGGAAGAACAAGGAACGGAGGUUACUUAGGAGUGAAAGAACAAGGAACGGAGGUUACUUUGGGGUGAUAGAACAAGAAACGGAGGUUACUUCGGGGUGGAAGAACAAGAAAGGGAGGUUGCUUUGGUUUGGAAGAACAAGGAACGGAGGUCGCGCCAUACCUUUCCUGGAGCUGCUUUUCACACACGCAUCAAUCCUCAUCAUGCUGGGAGUAAGUUUCGGGAGAUACUAUGCUGUAUGCCGUCCGUUACAAAGCUAUUCUACCUGUGGUCGCAGUCGGACGCUCGUCAUGAUGUCCUGUAUGUGGGGAGUGGCCGCCAUUUUUGCAGUCCCCAUGGUGAUCAUAGCCCACAUUGAGACAGCAACAUUUCACCGAGAUGCCUCAAUCAUCGAGGUGUGCCGGACACAUAUCUUCCUCACUUGGCACUAUGCUUACGUCAUUUGCAUCUUCUGUGUGUUUUUCGUCAUUCCUUUCUUCGUCAUGCUGUUCAUCUAUAGUAGCAUCAUCCACGGCGUUCUCAGAGAGUCAACACAUAUAGAGGAAACAUCAAAUACAAAGAGCUUCCGAAGGACCUCCCUUCGGAACCAAAGACAAAUCGUGUGUAUGCUUUUUGUAAUUGUUGUGGUAUUCUUUCUGUGCACUUUACCGUUACGUAUAGUUAUUUUCUGGUUUGCUUUUACAGACGAAAUACACAUUCGAAAUCUUGGAUUAGAGGGAUAUCUAAACUUGAUCUGGUGUGGUCGAGUUUUUCAAUAUCUGAACAGUGCCAUUAACCCAAUCAUAUACAGUGCAUUUUCAUCGAAAUUCCGCUGGGCGUUUAAAUACAUACUUGGUAUGAAGAAACGAGAGGACUGUUCAUGGUCACGAACAAGCCAAAGAACGUCUGCUCAUUACAGCUUCAUAAAACAAAGCAAGCAACGAGAGUUGAAAGAACAGUACAUGUGA